CGGCGGCGGCGUCGUCGUCGUCCUCCGCCGAGGCCUCGGCCGGGAUGCGCCGCGGGAGCCGCGGGCUGAGGGGACCCUCUGAGGUAAAUUGGCAAGAUGUGGAAUGGCAAAUCGAGGGAGGUGCCUUUUCCAAACCCAAAGAGCUCUCAAAGCAAGGAUGCUGUCCAAGCAGAUAUAGCAUCAUUGGAUGCCCUUUCUCAAGCUAAGGCUACACUAAGGCACAUUGAGAACAAAUUAGAAGUCAACCCGACCAGCACAGCUGUGUUUGAUACUGUCAUGGACACCAAGAAAUCUGCUAGUACUACCAGGAAAACAACCAGAAAAGAUGGUAGGCAUCCAGAGGAUCCCUUGGUUAUUGCACCAGCCUCCAAGUCACGCGAAGAGAAAUCCUCUCGCAGUCCUCUCCGAGCCACUACUCUGGAGAGCAAUGUGAAAAAGAGCAACCGUGUGGAGUUCCGUGAACCCUUGGUUUCAUACAGGGAAGCUUAUGGUGCCCCUGCGAAUCCAGGCACUAGCCAGCUGGAUGCCAAACAUUUGUUGCCUGGUUUGGAAAACAACGAAGCAGAAGAAAAGCUGGAAGUAGGGAAUCUGAUGAUUUUCAAUAGAGAUGAACGUGAUCUCCAUACCCGAGAUUUUGAUAGUCCUCUAUCAUCUGAAGUAAACAGCACAGUUGUAAGAUUUUUAAAUGACCGACUGGCAAUUGAUGCCUUGCAGAACCCAGAAUUUCAGUUUAAAGCAGUAGGUACUAUAAGGACAGAGGAAGAAAAAAUUAGUGGAUCCAAAGGAGGUGAAAAUAGCUUGAAGACCUCAGUGAGUAACAUGGGCCGAGGUGCUGAUCUGAAAGGGUUACAGCUGGUUGAAUCCUCGCCGUCCUCCGUAAGUCCUUAUGGCACCCAGAGAUUAGAUAUUUUAAAGCGGCGACAGCAUGAUGCCAAACUGGAGAAACUCAAGGAAAGGAUUAGGAAGCAGUGGGAGCACUCAGAAGACAUGAAUGUCAGAGAGCAACAUCUGAGACAUGUUGAUCAUCCAGUAAUGAUCACCAAUGUCAGCAGCUCUGUGACUGCAAAAGUCCGAAAAGUGGCAGCAGCACCACCUGCGCCAGCAUAUAAAGGCUUCAACCCUCCAGAAACCAAGAUUCGCACUCCUGAUGGAAAAAUAUGGAGUGAAGUGGAGUUUCAUAACAUGAGUAGAGAAUUGUAUCAGGAUUUAGCACUCCAUUUUACAGAUACCUCAGUGAAAGAGAAGCAUGCUGCGAAGAAAGAAACUUGUAAAGAAAAACGAAUGGUCAGACCGGUUCGGAAAGUACAAAAGAUGAACCGGGCCUCAAGUCCGGAUUGCAAGCCAGGUGGCGGCCAUUUGAUAAGCACAUCUUCAUGGAGAGAUGGGCAGAAAUUAGUAAAGAAGAUAUUGGGUCCACCACCCAGAGUAGAACAAAGAGAACGAAGAGCAGAAUCUAGUGACAGAAGUGGAAGGGAACGAACUGCUAAACUUGCAAGCCACAUUGGAAGGGCAGAAUCUGAUCCCAAGUUGGAUGUUUCUCACAAAAACCGUCCCCAAAGUUCAGAACGUUCUCGGAGUAGACUGCGGGCUGAGAACCACGUAAAGAAACUGGCUUCACCUCCUCCAGAUGGCAAAAAACAGGAGGAGGAGACUACUGUAAAUAAAAACUUUCUGCCAGUUGAGAUUCGUGGAAUUCUUGAUGAUCUACAGUUGGACUCAGUUGCUCAGUCUGCAAAACAAGAAACUAAAGAAAGGCAGAACCAGAAAUCAGCUGCAUCAACCCAGGCUGCUAGGAGUCACAGUCCAGUCAAAAGGAAACCAGAUAAGUUAACAACCAGUGAAGAUCCCCCAGUCAUCUCCAAGAAGAGGCACUAUGAUACAGAUGAAGUACGCCAGUACAUUGUUAGACAGCAAGAGGAAAGGAAGAGAAGGCAGAACGAAGAGAAGAAGGCACAGAAAGAAGCAACUGAACAGAAAAACAAGCGACUCCAAGAGCUUUACCGGAAGCAGAAAGAAGCAUUUACCAAAGUAAAAAAUGCUGCAUCUUCUGAACCGUCAGCAGCAAGGCGACUGCAGGAGACUUACUCCAAAUUACUAAUAGAAGAAGCAUUGCUGGAGGAACCAUCUUAUCAGCUCCGUGUUUCACAAGAAAUACAGGCUAAACCGGGAUAUCAACCAUCUGGAGAAUCUGAUAAAGAGAACAAAGCACAGGAACGGCCCCCCAGUGCAUCUUCCAGCAGUGAUAUGUCUUUGACAGAGCCUCCACAGCCCCUUGCAAGAAGUGAUUUGAUGGAGUCAGCUUGGAUACCACCAGACAGACUGAGUCCAAGAGUCCAUCUUUCUCACCCAGAACCCCUCGCUGGGCCAGCCGGAAGUUUAUUCUCUCAGCUUUUGGGUCUAGAACACAUGGGAAUUUUACCGAAGGACUAUGAAUCUUUUCUGUCAACCAGGAGGAAUCACAGUAUGGCGUCAGGGCCCCUACCUUCAACACCUCAGCCUUAUAUGACUUCAACAGCUGUUCAGCAAGAUGCCUUGGCAAAACCUAGUGCUAGUCAGUAUAAGAGUAAACUGGAUCACAUUGAAGCUCUAAAAGCAACAGCUGCUUCUUUGUCCAGCAGGAUUGAAAGCGAAGCUAAGAGAUUGGCCGGAGCCAACAUUAACUAUGGUUCAGUGUGGAGUACUGAACAUGAUGUACAGCAGAAAGCUCAGGAGGAUGGACAAUGGGCUAAGGCCGUGAGUCCCCCUGUGAAAGAAGAUAAUGAAGAUGCUUUUGCUGCCAGAAUUCAAAAGAUGUUAGGGACCUGUGUGUCUCACACAGCGUUUGAUGAUAAUCUCCCUGGAGUGGGCAACCUUAGUGAGUUUAAAAAACUUCCUGAGAUGAUAAGACCACACAGUGCCGUAUCCAGCCUCGGAAUGAGAUCUCCUGGUCCCAAAACAGAAGAACUACUAGCCCAAUUAUGUAAGAGGCAGACCGACUAUCCUAGUUCUGACAACUCUUGUGGUCAGGAGAAAGUCAAAAUUCCUCAUGACUCCAGCACAGAUUCAAUCAGCGAAGGGCCUCUUCCUAGUGAAGGGAGCCUCUCUGAAGAAGAGGGAGGCCAGGGUGGGCAGCCUCCUCUGAAAAUAGCCGAAAUUUUGAAAGAGAAGGAUUUCUGUAUUGGGGAGAGAAAUACCAAUGAACCUAUCAAAGAGUUUCAGAAGGAGGCUGAAAAAUUCCUGCCACUUUUUGGGCAGACAGGUGGCACCCAAAGCAAAGGACCGUGGGAGGAAUUGGCAAAGGGAAGUCCACAUAGUGUCAUUAAUAUUUUUGCAAAAUCAUAUCAGCUGUAUGGAAAAGGGUUUGAAGAAAGGUUGGAAGGAGGAUCUCCAGGCUUGCGGCCUUUGAUUCCCAUCACCACCCCUCCAGGAAGCGUUUCAUAUGAAGAUGACUUUGUCUCUUCUCCAGGGAGUGGAACUUUGACUGACAGAAAAGCUGCCCAAGAAGCCAGUGUUGGUAGCAGCAAUUCAAGCAUUCAAGAAGAGCCUUCCAGCAGAAAAUCUCCCUAUGAUCUUCGCUCUCUGGAAAGUACCCCUCAACAUUCAUCAGAGGUACAGUCAGCCACAUCUUCCCGGUCAUCAGCUUCUUCCAGAGGAAGGAGAGGGAGAAAGGAAAGGAAAGAGCGGAUAGAUUCGUGCAGUGGAAGUGCACAAAACAUUCUCCAUGAGGAAGACCGAGCACAGUCUGGAUCAGAUCGUGGAUCCCACCAGGGAAAGAAGUCUGUGGCCAAUAAUAAAGUUUCUAUUAGGAGCUAUGAGCAGAAUCCAGAUACCGAUAGCACUUUGGAAGAUCUUUCUGGGCAUUCAAUAAGUAUCUCCUCAGACAAGACAAGGUCACACAGAACCCCAGUUUCUCCCUUAUCUCCAAGCUCCCAGAAACUGUUACAGUUUGACUCUCCAGGAAGUUCGGUGGAAAGGACGAGAUCCCCAGGAGUCCCUCCAGCUCCUGCAUCCAAACCCAGUACAGCCUUCUCCGGUGUGAAUUUGGGAGCCAACAGAACAGGAGCAGCAGCAUCUACAGCUACAGGCUCCAUGCGUUUCUCUCCUGCUGGCCUUCAGCAUCGAAUGGCCGCGGAACUUAGCUACCUCAGUGUCAUUGAGGAGUCUGUACUCCAACUGUCAGACGUAGAAAGAGUUCGAGGCAUAUCACUUGCCCAGCAGGAAAGUGUCUCCCUGGCUCAGAUCCUUAAGGCCCAGAAACAGCGCCAUGAGAGGGACUUGGCCCGUGUGAAACUGAAGGCUGAACAGGAGGCCUUGGCGAAUCAGAGGCAGUUGGAAGAGGCUCGGCAUAAAGCAGCUCAGGCCCAUGCCGAAUCUCUUCAGCAGCUGGUUCAGUCACGACAAGAGGCAGCGGAGGCACUACAGGAAACAACGUGCAAGAUAGCAGCUCAACAGGCAGAGGCUGCUCGACUCACCACAGAUGCAGCUCGCCAGAUCCGUGAGAUGACAGAAUUGGCACGAACCCAGAUUUCAGAUGCUAUCACUGCUUCAGGAGCUCCUAUAACAACGCUAUUUGACAACCAGUGGCAACAUCAUUCAGAGUUCAUGAAACAUCUGAGGACCAGAGCUGAUAAAGAAAGGAAAAGUGAAUCUGGAGUUCUUUCUCAGAAUAAAGAAGAAACACUUGAAUCUAGUGCCUCCAAACAUGAACAUUAUUCCCAAUCAAUUGAUAGUUAUUCAGAUUCCUCAAGAUCUAAGAACCAUGAUCGAAGUAGUAGCAGCAGCCGACAAGAAAGCCUCUCAGUUUCAUCUUCUAAGGAAAAUGAGAAGAAGCCUCCCCACCGAGAGAAGAUGAACAGUUCCAUUGAAGAACAGGUUCAUACUGCUGUGGACGAGUCCCUGCAGAGUGACAGCAUUCCAUCACUACCUGACGAGAAAGACUCGACUUCCAUUGCAACAGAGUAUUCCCUAAUAUUUGAUGAGUCCAUGACAGAAGAUGAGAUUGAAGAAAAAUCCUUCCGAUCUUUAUUGCCUUCAGAGAGCCAUCGCCGAUUUAACAUGGAAAAGAAAAGGGGCCAUCGGGAUGACUCUGAUGAGGAGGCUUCUCCUGAAAAGACUGCACUGUCAUCUGUCAAGGAACUGAGCAUGCCAUUCUCUGGAGGGCAGGAUAGCUUCUCUAAAUUUACAAUGGAGAUGGUACGGCAAUACAUGAAAGAAGAGGAAAUGAGAGCUGCUCACCAAUGCUCACUUCUUCGGCUUCGUGAGAAGGCCCUAAAGGAGAAAACGAAGGCGGAGCUAGCUUGGUUAGAGCACCAGAAGAAACAUCUGCGAGAUAAAGGCGAGGACGAUAAAAUGCCUCCUAUCCGGAAGAGGCAGCGCGGCUUGUUAUUGAGGUUGCAACAGGAGAAGGCAGAAAUUAAGCGCCUCCAGGAGGCCAACAAGGCAGCCCGAAAGGAAAGGCAACUGAUUCUGAAGCAACAGGAGGAGAUAGAAAGAAUUCGCCAGACCACCAUGAAACUUCAGGAGAAGCUCAAAUCUGCAGGAGAAAACAAAUCGGAACCCCGAAGUGAGGAUGAUAUAAAGCAAAGUAAGGCUUCCAGUCCAGUUCCAACUGAUUUAGAAACUCGCAGCCCUUCCCCCAUCUCCAUCUCCAGCAGCGAAACCAGCAGCAUCAUGCAGAAACUCAAGAAAAUGCGCAGCCGCAUGGAUGAAAAGUUUUUGACUAAAAGAGAACAGAAGCUGAUGCAGCGACGACAGCAUGCAGAGGAGUUGCUGGAGUGGAAACGUCGUUUGGAUGCAGAAGAAGCGGAAAUUCGUCGAAUGGAGAAACAAGCUUUAGCUGCCUGGGACAAAGAGCUAAUAAAACCCAAAACAGCAAAGAAAGACCUGGGGGAACAGAGGAUAGAACAGAAAGAAACAGCCAGUGAAGAGGAGUCUCCGUUACCCUCCUGCUCUCAUCUGAACAGUGAAAGCUCGAUCCCAGAAGAACUAGGCAGCCCAGCUGCUGAAUCUAUUCCGCCCGAGUCUAUAGCUCAGGGGCCGCCAACGAGUCCUGGACACAGUACACUGAGUGAGGAAAUGGUUUAUUCUCGGGAUCUAGAGUCUUAUACCUCCACUAACAAACAUUUGCCUUCCAAAAGCAGCACAGCUUUGUCAAAGCUGGAUUCCAGCAAAGGAAGCCACCGGACUGGGGGACAGCCACGACUCCCUGCACAGUCCCAUCAACUCUCCCAUAGUUGGUCAGAUGAGUCAUUAUCCAUGACACAAUCGGAAACUACUUCAGACCAGAGCGACAUUGAAGGCAGGAUCAGAGCUUUGAAGGAUGAACUGCAGAAAAGAAAAUCAGUUGUCGAUCAGUUAAAAAAGGAACAAAGGAAGAGGCAGAAGGAGAGACUGAAAGCCCAAGAAGCUAGUUUGAUUAAACAACUAGAGUCUUACGAUGAAUUCAUCAAGAAAACGGAAGCAGAGCUGAGCCGAGAUCUAGACACAUCACCGACAGCGAAACCUCAGAUUAAAACUCCUUCGUCAGCUACAGAAAAACCCAAGAUCAAGCCGCCUCCACUUCACAGGCCUGAGACCACAAAGAAUUGGAAAUCACUAACGGAGACAGAACGAUCUAGAGGAUCCCUGGAGUCUAUUGCUGAGCAUGUUGAUGCUGCACUGUCAAGUUCUGAGAGGUCUUUGUCUACACAUGCCAAGAGAAUCAUUGAUGGAGAGAUCCAUACCGAAGAGCCUUCCAGGACCCCAUCCCCAGUUCUCAAGUUGUCAAGAAAAAUCAGGGCGGAAUCUGGAGAUUCCUUGGAUAUUGUAUCCUCAUCGCCUGUUCUCAAAGACCUAAUAGAGAUUGGGGGAUCACCUGACAUCUUACUGUCCAGGUUGGAAGAUGAGUCUAGUCCCAAAUCUGAGAUUCAAGAGGAAGUGGACUGUGCAAAGUCAGAAGAGAGUGAGAUCGAGGACAGUUAUUUUAAGCAGUUUAGAAAAUCUGAACCUUUGUUGCAACUGAAUUUGGAACAGCUAGGUUCACCUGAAGUUCUUUCAAGGAGAGAUCUUGAUUUGGACACUGAAAAUACUCAAAAGGAUUUGCUUAGCUUGUCUAUUGAAAAUCUUCAGAAGAAAGGGGAACUGGAGGGUCAUGCAAACCAAUACGAUGAACCCAGCGAUCACAGCAUCAUCAGGUCAGAUAAGUCCUCUCUUAGGCAGAACAAGACACGGGAAAAAGACAUUUCUUUUUCAGAGCAAAUUUCUGAUCUUCAAGAGAUGUCAUACUCUGAGGACUUUGAAGUGUCCUCUCCCCAAAAAGAAGCAUCAAUUGAAGGAGUACCUGGUGAACUGUAUAAAGAUGACUUUGAUGAGCCAUCCGUGACAUCACCUGGAAAAGAAUGUCAGUCACCGUCACCGAGAGAUAACUCACAGCAACUUGGGAGAUGCAAAAGUAGAGCCACUGAUUUUGGCAGUGAUGAUGAAAUCAGCGAAUGCCUUAGUGGAAAAAGCCUAUCUGUUUCAGGCAGCGUCCAUUCAGAUAUACUAUUAGAGCUAAAGUCCCCUACAGAGCUUAUAAAAUGUGAAGAACGUAGCGAUGUAGAAAAUGAACUACGUGUCCCUGAAUUACCACCUUGGGUUUCAGCUUCUGUUGCAGAAAAUGAUGCGUUGCCAAAUUUCCACCUUGGUGACAGGGUCCUAAUCAGUAAUGUCCAGCCUGGAACUUUGCGCUUCAAAGGUCUGACCUACUUUGCUAAGGGAUUUUGGGCUGGGGUAGAAUUGGAUAAACCUGAAGGAAACAACAAUGGGACUUAUGAUGGGAUCACAUACUUUGAAUGUAAAGAAAAGCAUGGUAUUUUUGCUCCUCCUCAGAAAAUCUCUCACAUUCCGGAAAGUUCCGAUAAGAAUGAAGAUGAGGACUUCCUCUUUGUUGAACAACAGAGUCGAGACCAUGAACAGAGGGACAUAGCUGAGAGAGGAAGGGUUAUAAUUGAAAAUUCCCAGGAAAGAUCUCCAACUAAUCAGUCUGUAGGAGAAGCCUUGUCUGAGGGAAUCAACAAGACAGAAUCUGGAUCUGAAACAGAACAUGUUCAGAAAAUUGCCCCAGAGAUUGUGUCCCACCAGCCAGUCAGUAAUCUGAUUUGCCCCCCAAAUGAUAAGAAUGUUCUUGAUCUCUUUGUUUCUGGCACAGUAGAAAAGGUUUCUUCUGCUGCAGUGGAAGAUAUUUUUGAUAGCCUCCUCUCUGAGGAACUGAAGAGGCCACAGUGGCUCAGAAAAGCUCCUAUUGAAGAGAGUGCUCCCGAAGUUGGUAAAAAGCCCUCAACCCCCCUUCUGGACCUUUUGACCAAAGAAAAGAAUCAACUGGAAGCUCAGCUGAAGUCAUCGCUGAGUCUGGAAGAAAAGUCAAAACAACUUGAGGCUGUCAGCUUACUGACAGACAGCCUUCUGAAGGCCUUUGUAAAGGAUACUGUCAACCAACUGCAACAGAUCAAGAAAGCUCGAAAUAAGAAAAUCCAACUUAGCAAUCAGGAGCUGCAUAAUGACCAAGAGAAGACGUCACGAGUUCUAUCCCAACAUGAUGAAGAGCAGUCACCUCUUGUAAAGGAUACAGUCAGUCGACUGCAGCAGAUCCAGAAAGUCCAAAAUGAGAUACCCCAACUUGUCAAGCAGGACCUCAAUGACGAUGUCCAAGAGGAGAAGACAACCCACGUUCCAUCUCAGCAUCCUGAAAAGCAAUUAACUCCGGAUCCUCAGCACCUUCUUGUAAGUGCUGAGCUAGAAGAUGAACGAGAAGAGGUUUCUUCUCCAGAUAUGUGUCUCAGACCAGAGAGUCCCGUCUUUGGCGCCAGUGGGCAGGAAGAGCUUGCUAAGAGACUUGCUGAGCUUGAAAUUAGUCGGGAGUUUCCGAGCGUAUUAGGAGAUGACCAGGACUGGUUGGAAGAGGAUUUUGGCUUGAACUCCUCCCCAAAGGCAGAAGAACCCGCUGUGCCACCAAAGUCAGAAACGCAGAAAGUGCCCCCCAAACCGUGCGAGGACCUGUCAGCUGUGCCACAUUCUGCAGAGGAAGUAGAACAACUGGUGCUUGUUGCAACUGAAGCGCUUUGGAAUUGGAAAGAAUUGGGCCACGACUUGAAGAGUCUCGGCGUUCCUCCCAAGCUGCUAGGAGAUGCCAUCGGUGGUCAGGACCUGGAAAGCACUAGUGUGAGGGCCUACAAAAAGGCAGUCUUUGAUUUGACCAAGGAGAUUUUGGGGGAAAUAGUUGCAGAAGAUCCCAAUCUGGAUCAGCCCGUCUGGAUGAAGCCCCGGAGGAUCAACUCAUCUUAUUUCCGACGCGUGAAAAAUCCAAAUGACCUCGAGGAGAUUCAGAGCUUCAUUGCAGCUGAAGUUCUCAAGCUGUUUGGUCUUAAAAAAGAGCCCAACCUAAAGACAGAUUGGCAGAAAAUGAUGAAAUUUGGACGGAAGAAACGAGACAGAGUCGACCAUAUCUUGGUACAAGAGCUCCACGAGGAAGAGGCUCAGUGGGUCAACUAUGAUGAGGAUGAACUCUGUGUGAAGAUGCAACUGGCUGAUGGGAUCUUUGAGGCCUUGCUCAAAGAUACUAUUGACGUUUUGAACCAGAUCAGUGAAAAACGGAAGAGAAUGCUGCUAGUGUGACAACUUGUAGAUAAGCCGCAAAUUGUAUUUUAGUCCUGAUGUACACUACAUCUUCAUCUUAGCAAGAAUGCUGCUGGACAUUAUACUGUAUGUAUUUAAAAAAAAAAAAAACUUAUGGAAUUCAAGGAGCGCCCUGUUAUCUAAUCUUUCAGCCUUUGCCUUUAAAAACCGAUCACUGCAUGGGUUGUUUCUGGUGGACAGGAUGUUUCUACCACACUCCCUUACAGGGUAUCACAUUAGUGCUGGAAACACCAGGCUUACCUCAUAGCACAUGCUAGAGUACCAGUGAUUCAGCCUAGAACCUGAGGUUGACAAAUAGUCCAUCGCAUCUCUUUUGGAAUCUAGCCUGGUUUAGACUAUAAAAAGGACUUUUGAUAUUUAAACAGUGUUAAACUCUGAACCACUUCCUAAUGGGCAGAGCGAACGGUGUGUUUCAGUUUUAAUUCCUUCUGAAGCCCAUUUUCUUCCAUUCAGUUUGGUAGCCCACUAGUGGAUGAUCAAAUUAAAGGAGGAGAUGACAACUCACUUUCUCAGAAGCUGGGGCUGUGUAUUCUUUCUGGUUUUAUUCAGCUUGGAAUAAAAGCACAGAAAUGCCCUUCAGCAGCGAUUGGGCUCAGAUAAUUGACCCAAAGCCGACUCCUCUGCCCCCUUAGCCCACCCUCUCCCUUUUCUAUCUUCUCCUGCCCGGUACACCACCAGCUGCUCCUACAGCCGUGGCUACUCAGGAGGGUCUCAGGCAACCCCCAUGGGCAGAUAGGGAACUUGCUCAUUUUGGCCUGCAGUCCCUUGAAUUCUCCUGUCUCCACCCAAGAAAUCAUAAGGCUGUGUCUCGCAUGAUGUAGGAAAUGUGUAAGAACCAAAGACAAAAAAAGUAAUGUCCAGAUACGUGUUUGUAUUGUGCUUGUGGAACUUUUAUUAAUUUAUUUUCAGAUAAAUUAUUGUUAGAAGCGUAUCCUAUGCCAGUGGCUGCUGACGCUGCCUUAAGCAUAAAAACAACAGAACCUGUGAAAGGUAGGUACUUCAUUAAGUAGUUGAAACUUCUGCGCCGAAAACUUCUGUGGUCCUUAGCCUUUGCAGGGGAAAAUCUUGGCAGGAAGAGAAUCUAGCUACAGUGGUAGAAGAGGGAGAUCAAUGCGCAGAUGAAGGAGGGGAAUGAGAGGGAUUAUACCAAGCCAAGUGACACCAUACACGGGCUGGAAGAAUUGAUUUGAAAACACUGAAAAAGGUAUAGUUCUGGCAUUUUGUUUUACUCCCCACCACUGUUUCCUGGUUUUGGAGGCUUUCUUUUGAGCCCGGUUGCUGCAUUUAUGUGUGACUGGUGCUGUCCUAUGACCUCAACACCCUGCCUUUUGGCAGGUUUUGGUUCAGUCCUAUCUCCUUUCUUGAUAAUCAGUUAGGGUGGGGCAUGGAGGAAAGUAGAUGCUCUUAGGCUUGACUAUAGGUGCCUUAAUAGUGAAGGUCCUGAAUUAUGAGCUUGUCAAGAGGCCUCAAGUGGAUUCAUAUUUGAGAGCAGCAAAGAGUGCUAUGUACUUCAAAGAUGCUGCAGCCUUCAAUAUGUGCAUGAAAAUGUAUUCCUUCAUCUUUUUCCUACCUUUAUUUGGUUCUCCAUUGCUCCACGAUGCACAUGUCCGAGAUUGCUGCAUUACAGUCCUCUUUUGUUCUGUUUGAGAGAGCUUCUGAUAUGAUUGUUGGAAUCUUUGCAUUUUGCACAAGGACAGGAAAAUGGUAGUUCUUGAAAUCAGGACUGCAUUAAGGUGUUGCACCUCAUUUCUUAGCUUUUAAGGAGAAACCAGGGACAUGGAGCCAUAGUAAUUAAAUAGAAGAAACAGGGGUUACUCUAGAUGUCUGAUAGGAUUACCCUUCUUUAGAUAUUGGAUGGUCAAAGGAUUUGAGGAUUCAGUUUGCCUUUUUUUUUCCCUCCCCUGAGGACAAGGCAGGAGGUGGUAGAAGGCAGCCAUUUACAUUGUCCAUGUAGCCCAAAUUCUCUCUUCCUGGACUUAAAUCCCGGACCAAAGAAAAAGAGUAUUGCAGAAUCCCAGAAGAGAAACAUGGAGGGAUCCACGGAUGAGUGCCCUGUGGGGCCAUCAGAACCAGUAGUAAGACAGUUGGAUAAUUUAGUACCAACCUCCACCAGCCUUAAUGCUGAGUUCUAUGUCCUAGGUGGACGGUGGGGAAGUAUUGACUGCAUUCAGUAGUGAAAUCCCAUUUUAGACUAAGGAGUAAAGUAUUGAGCAAGUAUGAAUAAUGAAGAAUAAGGAGUUGUUAGAAUAUCUCUUUACCUCCCUCAGCCCUCCCUCUUCCUUCUCUCUCCCCUUUUCAUACUUCUUACCACACUAUUCCUAAUGUAUAAAUUUGAAUCAAACUUGGAGAAUAGCCCCAUAAUUCAUGGUUUAAACGAGAAGGAAAUUCCUCGUAAGGCUAGAAAGAAAUGGACCAUCCCGAGUGGGUAGCGCUGGAUUGCGAUAGGGUGUGAAUCCCCUUUUCAGGACAGAAGAACAGUGGGCCCAUCAGGAAAGGGGAGAGAAGCAGAAAAGUAGUAAGAGGGUGAUUUUGGACUCACCAAAAACAAAAUACUACAGAUUUGAGACAUUCUCCUGCAGUUUGUUUGGGUUUUUUUUUUUUUUUUUUUACUUUAAUCUUGCUCACUUUCUUUUCUUGAAAAAGUGGCCUUAGCUUCUUGCAAUACUUGAAUAAAAAGAGUGUACAGUACCUGCAAAAGAAUUUCUGUAGCACAGCACAGAGACCAUUAAAAUAACUUUUCCUGCAAAGAACUCAGUGAAGUUCAAGACUGUCAAUGUCCCUUUUACUAUUUCAAUAAUACUAGUGAAUUAACUGUUGUUAUUCAGACCGAAUAUUAAAUUAAAAUGAUGUUUAAUGCAAACUGUAGGAAUUUACAUGUUUACAAAUCAUCUGGAAUUGAUAGUGCAGUAAUCGAAGGCAAUUUGCACUUAUAAAAUUGGAAGAGGAAAAUAUAAACAGUUGUAAAAGGGAUACUGUCAUUUAAAGUAAUGCAUUGAAUAGCUUUCCCUUUUUGACUUUGCAAAACCAUUUUGGUAGACAUUUGCGAAGUCUCCUUAGGGGGGCCUGGCCUCCUGGUGUGUACUGUAUUGUGCAGAUAAUUAUAAAAACAAAAACCCGUUUACUGUGUGUGUGUAAAUAGGCUGGCUUUCAGGCCAUUUGCAGCCAAGAAUCACAUCCAGUGCAGCUUUGCACAGCAGACUGAAGGGUGUGUUUUGUAAGUAUGAAUUGUAAAAUAACCAGGGGGUUACCCUGUGUACACCAGUGUAAAUAUCUUUGUUAACUGAAAUGUACUUUAAGAGAAAAUAAAAUCUGUAAAUAAACUGAUUUAUAAAUUAAA